ACUUUGAUUCAAAGUUAAAUAAACUUUUUAACACUUUUGUGCCUUAAACUCUAAAUAAUCAAGUACUUUCGGGUUUUUUUUCCUCUCUAAUCACCCCUAAUCCCCUUCUCCCUUUCCCUUACAGCCAUGGAGAGCAGAAAACUAAUUUCUGCUACAGACAUUCAAUACUCUGGAAGUCUGCUGAACUCCUUGAAUGAGCAGCGUGGCCAUGGACUCUUUUGUGAUGUUACUGUUAUCGUGGAAGACCGAAAAUUCCGGGCCCAUAGGAACAUUCUUUCGGCUUCGAGUACAUAUUUCCAUCAACUCUUCUCCGUUGCUGGGCAAGUUGUUGAACUGAGCUUUAUAAGAGCAGAGAUUUUUGCAGAAAUUUUGAAUUAUAUCUAUAGUUCUAAAAUUGUCCGUGUUAGAGCAGAUUUACUUGACGAGUUGAUUAAGUCAGGACAGUUACUAGGAGUGAAAUUUAUCGCAGAGCUUGGUGUCCCGCUGUCACAGGUUAAAACUAUAUCAGGUACAGAACAAGAUGGUACUGCUGAGACCUUACCUCCUGAUUGUAGUGACAAAAACCUUGCCAUCCAAAAAUCAAAGGAUGAAGUGCAAGAUACCGGGGCUACUGUCAUGCCCAUUAUAACAGAGUCUUUUUCAUUAUCUGCUGAAGAUUAUGAAAUGAAAAAGAUCAUUGUUACUGACUCGGAUGAUGAUGAUGAUGUCAUUUUCUGCUCUGAGAUUUUGCCUGAAAAGGAGAAUUUGCCAAGUAACAACACAGUGACGCAGGUCCAGCCUACCCCAGCCCCUGUUGCUAUUUCAGAAGUGACACCUUGUGCUAGCAAUAACUCCCCCCCUUUAACAGACAUCACACCUGCUCAGACACUUCCCACUCCUGUAAAUCAGGCAACUCUUAGCCAACCACAACGAAGUGAAGAAUUGCUGGUGUCUUCAGCUUCAACACAUCUGACUCCUAACAUUAUUUUAUUAAAUCAGGCUCCACUUACCACAGCACCAAGUGUCAGCUCUUCACUUCCAAAUCACAUGUCCUCUUCCAUCAAUUUGCUUGUACAGAAUCAGCCGACACCGAUUAAUUUACUUGUGCAGAAUCAGCAGACACCAAACAAUGCUGUUUUAACAGGAAACAAGGCCAAUGAGGAAGAAGAGGAAGACAUUAUAGAUGAUGAUGAUGACACCAUUAGCUCCAGUCCAGACUCAGCAGUCAGUAAUACAUCUUUGGUCCCACAGACGGGUACCUCCAAAAGUACCACUUUUGAUGGAUCGUUGACACAGAAGGUGCACACUCCUGUACUUGUUCAAGAGCAACCUUCCAAGUCUUUGAAAAUUUCAGAUAUCAUUACUAGAAACACGAAGGUUCCAGGCUUAGGACCAAAAUAUCUCACGGAGGGGCAGAAAAUCAUUACUUUAGAUACAGCUACUGAAAUUGAAGGCUUAUCAACUGGUUGCAAGGUUUAUGCAAAUAUAGGUGAAGAUACUUAUGACAUAGUGAUCCCUGUCAAAGAUGACCCUGAUGAAGGGGAGGCCAAACUUGAGAAUGAGCUACCAAAAACAUCUGGCAGUGAGCCAUCAAACAAGCGCAUGAAAGUAAAACAUGAUGAUCACUAUGAGUUAAUAGUAGAUGGAAGGGUCUAUUAUAUCUGUAUUGUAUGCAAAAGGUCAUAUGUCUGUCUGACCAGCUUGCGAAGACAUUUUAACAUUCAUUCUUGGGAGAAGAAGUAUGCCUGCCGUUACUGUGAUAAGGUAUUUCCUCUUGCAGAGUAUCGCACAAAGCAUGAAAUUCAACACACGGGGGAGCGAAGGUAUCAGUGUUUAGCAUGUGGCAAAUCUUUCAUCAACUAUCAGUUUAUGUCUUCACACAUAAAGUCAGUUCACAGUCAAGAUCCUUCUGGGGACUCAAAGCUUUAUCGUUUGCAUCCAUGCAAGUCUUUGCAGAUCAGACAGUAUGCGUAUCUUUCUGAUCGAUCGAGUGCUGUGCCUGUCAUGAAGGAUGAUGCAAUUGGGUAUAAGGUUGGUGCUGGAAAAGAGCCUCCAGUAGGGACCACAUCUACUCCUCAAAACAAGGCAAUGAACUGGGAAGAGAUUUUUAUUCAGCAGGAAAAUGAUUCCAUGUUUAAACAGAAUGUAACAGAUGGCAGUACUGAGUUUGAAUUUAUAAUACCAGAAUCUUACUGACCUCCUUUGAAAUAUCAAAGUUUGAGUUGGAUUAAGGGGCAGGGAUUUCAGAAGACGUGUGAAGCAAAUUAAGGUGGAAACUUGUUCAUUUGAUCUCCCAUGUCAUCUGAAAGUAGUUUAGUUGCAUUGUUAAUUUUUAGAAACAUUUUUUUCUAAAAGUUGGAGUAGAGAUUGAACACCCCCUGAAGUAUCUGUAUAGUCUAGCUUUCAGCUCAUUUAAAAGAUGUAACUUUUUAAAGGUACAGAGAGAUAGUUUUCUGAAUAGAAUUUGAAGCAGUCUAAAUGUUCUUUGAGAAUUACUAAUAUACCCUAGUACAGCUUAUACUGUUCCCCCUUCCAUAUUAGCACUUUACUGCUGAAUUUUCAAUUUUCUUAAUGUUAAGCCUAAGUGUGUAAUGUCUUGUAUACAGCAUAAAAGUUAGUGAACUUCCAAAACUUGUUCUAGUGAAUUUCAGAGUAAGUCCUAACUUGGUGGUUUGUUCUGUCGGUCCAAAUGGAGAUCAGCCUCCUGCCUCCCUCCCAGUAUAAAAUAGCCAUGCAAACACGUAUCUCCUAUGAAGGAUGAGUUAGUUCUAGCUAAGUGGGAUUAACCAUUGCUUUCAUUGCCAUAGUCUGUAAGAGAUUUUUGAGGACAAGGCCACUGUAUACCCCCCCUUUUUUUGGUUUUUUUUGAGACCAGGUUUCUCUGUAUAGCUUUGGAGGCUAUAUCUUGGAACUGUCUCAGUAGACCAGGCUGGCCUCGAACUCACAGAGAUCUGCUUGCCUCUGCCUCCCCAGUGCUGGGAUUAAAGGCCUGUGUCACCCCACCCAGCUGCCCCUGUAUACCUUCAAAACGACAAGAGUCGUUUUGAGCAAAAAAACAAAAAAUGACCUAGCAGGCAUGCUUGUAGUGAAAACAGGAGGUAAUGCAACAGGAGGUAAUGCAAAGUUCUUUUGUGCUUAUCUUUAAUCUUCUGCUUUUUAUGUGGAGAUUUUUGAAAAUUAUGGUUAAAAGUGUUCCCAUGAAAUGUAAAUUUACUAUCUGAAAGCCACCAAAUGCAUCUUUUAUUGUACUGGUAAAUGUUGAGAUUCCAUAGAUGACACUCAUGUAUUUUGGGUGGGAGGCUACUGGCAUACAUUUUUAAAAGCUCACAUUAGAAUCUCCAGUAGGAAGUUUUCAUUUUAAGUAGUUGUAAUGGCAAUCUAACAUGUCCUUUCAAGAAGGUGUUUUAGGGUUUUUUUGACCCCUUAAAAUAAGUUCCAAUGUAUGUGCAAACUGCUGUUAUAUUAUAGCAGAAACUGUUUGUGGAAUGCUGCAGGCAUGUUAGUUCCUGUUUAUUUUGACAACAAUAUCACCUUUCUUCCCUUUAAGAUGGCACACACAUAUAUAAACACUUAGAGGAAUUUAAAAGUUACCCAAGAGUAGUAAUAAAAGGAAGCAGGUUGGAACAGAUACAUAGCUUAGCAUUCAUAACAGAUUUAACACAAAUCUGUAAAAAUUUAACCUAAUUUUUUUGCAGUGGAAAAAAAGAUACUGAAAAUGGUUGCAUUGCGUAGUUAAUAUAGUUAAUAGUCAUUUGUGACUUACAUAUUUCUUAGUUCAGCAUAGGUAUUUUCAUUCUCCUUAAAGUGUCUUUUUUAUCUAUUUCUUGGCUUUGAACUUAAAGCUUUAAUCAUAAUUUUUCAUGCAUAGGCCAUUCUUCUGGUAGCAAACUAGGUGUAAAGAUAAAAGUUAAGUGUUUCUUAAGUUGGUAGCUGAGAGUAAAAAGAAACAGUAAUUGCAAUAAUACAAAGAAAAAGGAUAGCCCCUGCUUACCAAGUAGUGCACUGUACAUUAAUGUUUUCUGUUUGGUAAACUUAGGCCUUCAAACCAUUUUGAUAAACUUACUCUUAGAAAACUGAAAAUCACCUUAUAACUCUAGACUGAUCUCCAUGAUCACAGUAUCUGUUUCCUUUCUCUGUAGAUAUUGAUGUUACAGCUUUUUUAGUAUAGGGUAUGCUCAGAAAUGUUCCCAGUUGAAAUUUGAGUUUCAUGAAUACAGUUUCAGCAGUUAGAGUUACUUCUACAUGGCAGCAAUAAUGAUGUUGCAGUCUGAACUUCUUCUAUGUAACUUAGUUUGCUAUGAUAAAACUUGCUCCCUACAAGCCUAUUGUAACAAACUGGGAAUAAUGAAAGACUCUCCAUUCUGAAUAACAUUGGUAAAAUUAUUUGCCAUUGCUGCUGUACUCUGUAAAUUUUGAAGAAGAACUUACAAACUUUCUACUUACUGAACAUAGGUUCUGGAGUUUGCAGGGAGGAGAACUAGAAAGUUAAAUUGUAAUUUUGCCAGGAAGACUCUUAAGGUGUGUUUUGGGGUCUUUGGUCAGGGUUUUUUUUUUGUUGUUGUUGUUGUUAGUAAGUUUUCAUAUCCAAAGUUCAGAGUUUUGUGGGGUCCACCUGCUUCUGACCCCCUAGUGCUGGGAUUAAAGUCAUGUGCCACCACUGCCCAGCUCAGAGUUCAGAGUUUUUUGUGGAAUACUCCUUUGAACAAAAACUCUUUACACCUAACCAUUAUUGGUUUGGAAAUUUGUGGCAAGAUGCCAUUUAAGACCUACUGUGAAGAUUUUCUAUUUUUUUUUUUUUUACUUAGCUUUCUGACUACUGAAUUUCCUAUUUUUCUUUCAAGUUGGCUUUAAUUUUAUUCAAAUGCUGAUUUACCUGUAGCUAUUCUGGGUAGAAUCUAUUUGAAAUAGUAUAUGUCUUCAAAGAACAGCAAACACUUUGAAAGUCGAUAGUUUUGCAAGAUUAACUGAGAUGUUGUUAUCAUUGGUGGUCACUAUCCUCUACAGAGUCACUGAAGAAUUUUUUCUAUUGGACUAAAAGGAAAAUAAAUGAACACUGAUCUAGGCAUUUAACAGUGUUAGCAUGGUAUGUGUAUUCUGAGGAAUUAAAUGCAAAUUCUUCAACAGCACUGGCCUCCUUACCUCUGUUAGUCAUAUGAAACCUUGUUCAUUCCCCCAAAUACUGCAAUGUUCAUAUUUGUACAAUCUUCCUUAUCAUGACUUAAGUUCUGCUUUUCAUUAACCAUACUUGAUAUUAGUUAUAGAGUUUCUGAUGGUGAAAUAAAGCAUAUUCAUUCUAAUUUUUGAGUGCA